GAAGUUGUGGGGAUGCGCCCCCACUAGCUCUAGUUAGAGAUCGUUAGUGCUCGGAGAGUAUUUCAUACCAAUGGAAUAGCCAUGGAGCUAAGGAAUAAGGUCGGGAUUUCCAUGUCCUUGGGACCUUGGUUUCGUAAAGUCUAUAUCUCUUGUCUGUGUUGAUAUUUUCAUAUUCCAUACAAUCACAUUCAGUACCUUCAAGAUGCAUUCUCCAGAAUAUCUACUCGGUCUUGCCAAUAUCAAUGCGGAAUUAGAAGAGGUAUAUAGUAACAACUGUAUUUGUUACUUGUGCUUUGUUACUAAAAGAAAUAGAUCUUGAAGAUUUCACCGGUGAAGCGGAGAAUUGACGCCAAUACCGAUGUUCCCGAACUAAGAAAACGCCUGCUGGCGACGAAGAAAGAACUUCUUGCAGCCAACACAGCAUCAUUAGGCGAAGCUUCAUUCAUCGAAGAAGAUCGACAAAUACCAGCUCGAGAUGGUUUCUCUAUUGGAAUCAGAAUUCACAAACCGAAGAAUCCUCCUAGUGGAGGCAGCCCUGUCUUUGUAGUCUACCAUGGAGGUGGAUUUUGUUUAGGUGGGUUAGAUAAUGAGACUGUCCUAUGUAGACAGUGGACGGAGCUGGGAGGAGUGGCGAUAAAUGUCGGUUAUAGACUUGCACCUGAAUAUCCAUUUCCUUCAGGCGUGAAUGAUGCUUAUGAUGCUUUAAAAUGGACUGCUUCGAAUUUGGAACAGCUUGGAGUCAACCCUACCAAGGGCUUCUUAGUUGGAGGAAUAUCAGCCGGUGCCAACUUUGCAUCUAUAGUCUCACAUUUAUAUAGAGAUGAGAAAUUAUCUCCGCCAUUGACUGGUGUCUAUCUCUCGAUUCCUCCCGUUGUUACCCGCAAAGUGGUACCAGAAAAGUACAAGGACACGUACUUGAGUCUGGAACAGAAUAAAGAUGCUCCUUUAUUAAAUAAAGAAAUCGCAGGAACAUUCGACAGACUCUAUGCGGCAGGCGAACCAACACACCUAUUAACCCCAAUAUUAUUCGAAUCGCACAAGGACUUGCCCCCGACAUAUUUCCAAAUUUGCGGCAUGGACCCUCUGCGCGAUGAAGGAUUUAUAUAUGAAGAUAUAUUGAAAGAAAAUGGAGUUGAAACCAAGACAGAUAUAUAUCCAGGCUUACCGCAUGGUUUUUGGUCAUAUUUCCCCGAAGCGGAAUUCACAAAGAACUUUAUAGAGGAUUGUAUGAACGGCAUGUCUUGGUUAUUGGAGAAAUCGCAGAGAUAGUUGGAAUAAGAUGGUUAAAAAUGUUUGUAUGAUAAAUCGCAGAAAUACUGUAUACUAGGUACCGCCA